UUCAUUUUCAACAGGAUGUGAUAUUAAAAACCACUUGGUAGAACCGAAUCAGCAUGCUUAUUUAUCUCACAUUAACAGCGUCUCUGUUGGUUGCAGAAGCACUUGCACUAGGAAAAUCAACAGAAUUUGUGUCAUCAUGUUUUACUGGAAACGAUUUAACUAACUUAAAGAAUGAGUCUUGUGGUGAAAAUGUAACUGAUUGUUACUAUACAGUGACCAUACCCGAAAAGAGUUUAACAUACAACAUGAAACACAGUAAACCUGAUUUAGUCUACAAUAUGUCGUGUGACUUUUCAAGUAUUUGUAACAAUACAUUUGUAAAUCAGUAUGUUGAGAUUAAAGACAACACGACAAAUAGUACCACACAUCAAUUUUGCUGUAAUAGAAACAACUGCAACAAACCAGUCAGAGAUGAUGUAAAAAGGAAAUGUUAUAAUGCUUAUAAAAGGGAUAAUAUAUCAGAAGGUUCAAUUGAAGAGUGUUUGUAUUCUGAUGCUCAUUGCUCAAGCUUUAUGACACAUAUAGAAAGUGGUGAGAAACUCCAGUACUAUUCUUGUGAACACAACCUUGGAUUCUUUAAUGUAUCAUGUGGAAGUAGUCAAAAUAGUCAUUGUAAUAAUGUCAAUGUAUCAGUAGGAGGUGUUGAAUUGAAGGCAGAAUUGUGUUGUUGUUACGGUGAUUUGUGUAUGACUCCUCCAUUCAAUUAUACCAAUAGUAAUACAGCCCUGAAUUUGACCUAUAAUGGUACAAUAUGGAUUGCAGACAACAAAAUUGAGCAUCCAACACCAAAGAACAAGAAGUAUACUGAUUGGUUGUUUUAUGGCGGACUGAUUGCAGCAGCAUUGUUAAUUGUACUAAUAAUAGUUGCUGCCAUUAUUAUUGGAGUAAAGUGUCGGAAGAAAAAAGAAACUAAUAGACUAAUGCUUGCUUACACUCGCAUUGCUGCAGAUGAAACACCUGACGAUGAUGCAGAUGUUAGAAUGCUCCUUGGAUAAAGUUAUGAAUAAUAAAACAGAAUGUGAGAAGGGGCUUGGAUAAUGUUGCAGAUGGUUUAAUACUCUUUAAGAUUGAAUUUAUGAAAUCGAAGCUUCAGAAGCAAAUUAUAUCUUAAUUAAUUAGUGAAUAAUAAAGAUGUGAAUCUCAUAUAUACUCAAAAUGGAGUAACAAUAUGAAUAUAAAACUUUUAAUUUUGUGAUGUUUUAAACUGUUCUGUUGUACAAUUUAAUUGUUUAUAUCAUUGAUUUGUAUUGAAUAACAUCAAAUAAUAAUCUAUUGGCAGAUUUACCAAGUUCCCAAAACUUGACAACAUUUUUAAUCCCCUACCGACGAAGUCGAAGGGGACUUUAGGUUUGCAUUCUGUCCGUCUGUCUGUCUGUCUGUCUGUCCGUCCAUCUGUCAGUCCGGCAAAUCAGUUUUCCAGACUUUUUUUGUUCGUACUUGAAGAUAAAGAUUUGAUAUUUGGUUUAUUGAUUUAUCAUGACAAGUUACAGGUCAAGUUCAAUUUUCACGAUUUUAGCUUUUCUCUUUGUUCAGUUAAAGCCCUUUCCCUAGAAUUAAAUUUUUGAUGAAAUACUUAUUAAUUAGUAGAUUUCUGUUCAAAGGGAAAUAACUCAUUUUUUAAAAGACUUUUAAAAGACAAAAUGACAUUUGGGAUUUUUUUCCUUUUCUUUGGUAAAUUGUUUGAAGAAUUUAGUGGUAGGUUUGUUUGUCAUUCUUGAAGAUAUUGAUUUGAUAAUGAGUAUAUAGUGCUAUCAUAACAAGUUACAGAUCAAGUUGGAAUUUUGUUCCAGUCUGAUAAUUUUGUGCAGAGUUAUGGUCUUUGGACAUAGAAAAUUCACUUAAAUAAUCAGUUUUAAACAGUUUUUUUCAUCAUGCUUGAAGAUUUUGACUUGAUAUUUUUAUGUAGUUUACACCAUGACAAGUUAUAGAUCAAGUUAGAAUUUCAUUCCAUUACAAUGAAUUUGUAACCGGUAGGGGACUAUGUAUUGCCAUGCUAUACUCACAGAAUGCUUGUUUUUGUAUGAUAUUUAUAAAUUUAAGAGAAAAAUUCUGUCUUUGGUUCCAUUAGAAUAGAAUAGUUGUGCUGUAUUCAGAUACUUUUGAGUCGUGAAUUUACAGUCCCAAAUAUCUUAUUUAUAUCCAGAAAACUCAAUUUGUAACAUCAAAACAUAUGUUGACAUUAUUGGUUAUGUGAAUGCUGUGGUUUCAUUAUUAUUGGUUGAAUACCAUUUUUUUGUGGAAUUCAUGGCACAGGCACUCGUCUCUGAAAAAAAAUUUCCUAUAUACCUUAAUAUAACACAAGGUACCUAACUCGUAUUAUCGGGAAAUGACACCCUGUCGCAAACUUCUGUUAUAUUUCAAUUAUGCGGUUGCCUUUCCCAAUGCACUUAUUAUGUCGUAAAUCUACAUUAAAUUAUCUACAAAAUGGUGUAUAACACGCCUAUUUCCGUUGUCGAAAUCAUUCAUAGCAGUCCUUCCAAGUAGGUAAUUCUUAAAUUAUUUCGACUUCUCACAGCCAAAUGGCAAUAUUAAUCUCGCAGUGAGUGAUUAAUUCUAUAUAUCUCGGUUUCUGAUUGGUCAAUCUUCUUGAUAAAAUGAAUGUUUUUGGAGUUAUCUCAAUUGUAUUUGUAAAGUUCAGAGAGAGUCUGUCAAUGACAUUGAUGGGAUGGGAAAAUUUGGGUUUAAAAAUAGACACUCAUAUCUCAUUAGACAUACUUCAAAUAACACUUAUUAGAUUUUUUAUCACGGUAUCGUUUACAAAUUCACUAUCUGGAUGAUAAGUUAUAUUCAGAGAAAAACUAACAGGUUUUUGGGAAAGACUUUUUAUAAUAAAUCAUUCACUGUGAGAUUAACAUUACCAUUUGGCUGAGAGAAGUCGAAAUAAUUUAGGGAUUAUCUCCUGGGAAGGACUGCUAUGAUUGAUUCUGACAACAGAAAUAGGUGUGUUAUAUACCAAUUUAUAGAUUUAUGACAUAGCAAGUUUCAGUGGGAUAGACAACUGCGAAAUCGAAAUAUUAGGGAAGUUUGUGACCAGAUGUCAUUUCCCAAAAAUAAGAGUUAGGUACCUUGUGUUAUAUUAGGGUAUAUAUAUAGGAAAUUUAUUUUUCAGAGACAAGUGCCUGUGAUUCAUUGGUAAAGGUGAACAACCAAAUUUGAAUGUUCAAAGAAGUACAAAUUUUCUAUGGGCUUGUUUUCAACUUUUGGCAAAACACAAAAUAAAAUAUACACGAAAAUAGGUAAUCAAGAAAAUAAAUGAAUCCACAGAACAUUAAAAUUUUCCUUUAUUAUAGAUUGAGAAUUGCUAAAGCAAGUUUUAGAGAGCCCUACCAAAUAUUAGUAGAUAUCUUGCAAUCAGUAUAUAAGUCUGUCGAAAAAAAAAAUUACUCUUAUAAAAUUGUUUGCAAUGAAAUACUGUGAUUUCCCAGUUAAAUAAAAGUCAAUAAUUUCACAUGUGAAAUAAGUCUGAUAAUUUCACUUUCCUGAUGUCAUACAACAAUCUAGUUGUCAAGACAUUGUCGAUGACUUUACAUCAAAACCAAUUGGGAAUGGGUAGAUACAGAUAUAGUUCCUUGUGUAUUAUACUUUAUUUCAAUUAAAAAGCCCAUGUCAAUGUAAUAAAAAAAACAACUAAUGUAAAAAUUCAAAUAUCGAAAAAUAUACAACUUGUGACCGAAUAACACUGAUGACUUACUCAUGCUGCACAGUGCAUUUUUGAAUUAAUGUGUUCCUCAGUCACUUGUUAUAUUAUUAUACAGUUAUGACCUUGAGCUGAUUACAGUGAAACAAUGGCUGUAUAAGUGUUCAUUACCACAAGAAGGUGUGUAUUGCAUAAUCUUUGAAUAUACAUCCAAGGUCACUGCUAUAAAAUCAAUAUAACAGACCUUAGGUUUUAGGUUUUAUGCUUAGCUUAUCUCCCCCACAGCUCUCAUAUACUUUUCAUGCACAUGAUGCAUUCUCUGCAAUACUCCACUAAAUAUUUAGUUAAGAGUUACAAAGUACUGAACAGUACAAGAAGGUGCUAGAGAUAAAUGUUUAGCCCAGUGUCCAAAUUUAUAUUAAUCUAAUUUCUGACAGAUACUGAUGAUACUUGAUAGCUUCAUUCCUAUAUUACCAUGUUGUUCAAAUAAAGGGCACCUUUUACAGGUGGGAACCUAUGUGUUGUUAUAAACAAUGCCACUAUAUCUGUUUCUGUUGGAACAUAUAUUCUAUACCCUGUAUUAUGUAAGAAACAAAUACUGUAAUAUUUGUUUCAGUGGAUAUAAUAUUACGGAAUAUUUCUUCCACUUGGAACUUACAUUAUGAAGGAACUUCUAUUUCUUGUUCCACACUUACAUUUUCUAGAAUAAUUUUAUGAGCGAUGUUUUGAAUCAGUUGAUUAUUCUAUAAGGUUGACAAGUGAAAAGAUGUAUAAAUUUUUUUUAUUUGUGUAUUUUUGUCCAUUCCAUUUCAUUUUAUUUUUAUUGCUAUGUAGACAUUUUUCUUUGAGUUGAUAUUGUUUUGUUUUUUAUUAUAUGGUGCCAUGUGAUUUGUUAUUUAUUAUUUACACUCCUUGUGUCAUGUUUUAUUUGUAUAUAGUAGUUACUUCUCUUUGUGUUAAAUGUAUACAGUGAUUAUAUUUCAUAUUUAAAGAUAAAAUCUCCAAAGAUUAUGUAUGUUAAGGUUUAAAAGUUUGUCUUGUAGACUUUAAAAGCUGAAUUAUUUUUUGUUGUUGAUAUCUUUGGUUUAUUUAUAAGAUAUAUAUCACUGAUGAUCUUUUGUAGAUGAAAUGCAUAACAAUUUUGAAGCCUGGUAUAUAUGAUAAGUUUAUAUAUAAAUAGGUCAUCACUGUUUUAAUUGUUCAUUUGUAGAUGCAUUGUUGAUGUUUUUAUGAGAGUUUUUGUUCUAAUUGUCACAAACUGUGGAUUCACUAUUAUUUGUGGGUACAAUUUUUUAUUGAUUUUUGUGGUUAUAGGGAAAUCACUUUUUUAAAUGUUCAACAAAGUAUCUAUGGACUUGCAUACAAACUUUUGAAAAACCACACAAUCAAAUAUCAGUGAAAAUAUACAGAAUUUUUCCUCUAUCCACAAACAUUGGUCCCCAUGACAACUAACGAAUCCACAGUAUGAUAUUAAUUUUGAAAGUCAUGCAUGCACCCAUUAUUGAUAGUUUUAUUAUUAAGAAAUAUAUUUUUCUGUAUAGAUAAAAAUGCAGUAAUUCAUUCUCAUUUUUACUAUUCACUAUUUCAGAAUGUUAUGAUGUAAUCUCAUUAAAGAAAUGAAAAUAAGAACAUUUCAACACAAAAGUGAAAAUGCUUUUAAAGGUGUUGAAUUGAAACAAAAUUUCUUUCUCUUGAAAAUAAAUUCACACAGAAAAUAAAAAAAAAAUAGUAAGUACUUCCUAGUACAUGUAGUACUAUUUCCAGAUUGUCAUAUUGGUCUUACGUGGUUAUUAUUGUAAAAACUUGCAUAAUUUAAAAAUUUGGUUACAAUAGAACAAUAAACUUCUGAGAGUUGUGGCUCAUUAAAUUGUGUCAACAGAGUUUAAAAUGAACCUAGAGACCUUUUGACUGUUGUGUAAUUAAUUAAAAUUUAAACCUCUUAAUCAAUUGUUAUACCCCGUCUAUUCUUAUUUAAAUUAUACACAUUUGAAAGCAAUUAUGGCUUUAUAAAUUGAGUGUAAACAAAACAAACGUGAGUUUUUUAAAUGAGGCACAACUGAUGCGACUUGUGACCAGGUUCUCCUCACCCAUAUGGAGCACCUGAGAUCACCCCGGUUUUAGUGUGGUUGUGUUGCUAAGUCUUUUUUUUUUGUAGACUGUUUGUCUUGCCGUUGUUUUUCUUUUUUUGUCUUUGCUUUGUAGUUCUCUCUUUGUCUGAUUAGUUACGUCCCUUUGGUAUCUUCCUCCUCUUUCCUAGUGUAUUUAUUUUAUUAACCGGAUUUCCGAAGGAAAAAUCGGUUAUUAAUUUGGGGAUGUACGGUGGGCGUGCGGCUGCCAAACAGUUUCCGUGCACCAACUCAUGAACCAUUUAACCAAAGCUUUUCAAAUUUUAAUAUGUUGUUACUGAUGACAAAAUGGAGGUCUAGUUCAAUAUUGACAAUUUUCACUUUCACCAUUCAGGAGUUAUGGUUCUUGAAAGAUUGAAAAUGGUGUUUCCAGUCGUGUCAGUGCUUUAACUUAUGAACCAUUCAACCAAAGCUUUUCAAAUUUUAAUAUGUUAUUACUGAUGAGAAAAUGGAGGUCAAGUUCGAUAUUGACGAUUUUCACUUUCACCGUUCAGGAGUUUUAUCUUUGUUAAAUUGUACACCUUUAUGUAGGGAAAAGUGAUACUUAGAUUGAUUUUGGCCUUUCCAUUUCUGAACCCUACAAAAAUUCAAUUAUUUUUUUUUACUUGAUCCUGUUUGGGGGUCCAGAUUUGCAAAUAUCAUUUUCAUGCAGGAAAAUCCGGUUUGCUGUCACUCUGACAGCCUCUUGUUAUUUAUGUAGGUGUAUAUGAGAUACAUUUUUUUGUAUUUUUUUUUUUUUUAUGUUAUUUUUGUAAUGUGAGAUUACUUUUGCUACUUUACCAAUGUUUUGUUCAUUAUAAUUACGUUUUUAAUUUAUGUUUUUAAUUGAUAAUAAUUUGCUUGUUUGUGACUAUCUGUGUGAUCAGAAGCACUAGUACUAAAGUAAGUGAUUUUGUGUUGUGAAAGGUAAAUGUAACUGUUAAAGGUGAAACAAUGAACUUUAAUACUAAUUAAUAUGUUUACAUACAUUUCAUGGAAUGCUGCCUCCUGAACAUUCAGUUUAGAUUGAUUCUUUUUUGAUUCCACAAAUUCAUUCCAAAAAUCUUUGUUUAUUCAGCUUUUAAAAAAAUAAUUCUGGGAAAUUGUUUCUGAAGUGUAAAUGAUUUGAUCAAUUCAACUUGUCCUCAGUUGUGGAAAUAUACAUCUUAUUUUUUUUUUCCAUUUUUUUUAGUUGGAAAAAGAAAGAACCUAUAGACUUUGGGAAUCUGAAUGCUUAUUUGAAAAAAUAUAAAUUUUCACAGGAGACAAUAUCAUGUAUAAUAAACAUUACAUAAUUUUGAAUUGGGAACAAAUUGGAUCAGACAAAAUACUAAGGUGUUAUUAUUGUGAGCAGUUGGUGAACGAUAACACUAAUGACAGUAUAUCAAUGUCCAUCAGCAUGUAAAUUUUCUAGACAAUUGUCAAACUGUUGAUUUAUGUUUAUUAUAGUUUUAUUGUACUGUUCAUGAUUGAUCUAAAUAAAUUCCUGUCAGUUCUAGGGAAUGCAUUCAGAGUAAAAACUAAAUCAAGG